GCGCAGUAUGAAUAGACAAGCCGGACGCGAGGCCUAGCAACAGCAAAACUCUUCCUCUUUCUUAUUUCUCUAUGUUCUAUUAGUUUCAAUAAUAUAUUAAUCCGAGGAAAAGCAACACACCAAUUAAAUAUGGAGAUCGGAACGGAGAUUAGCAAGAAAAUAAGGGCCGCAAUCAAAGGAAAGUUGCAGGAGCUCGGCGCUUAUGUGGAUGAGGAGCUUCCGGAUUACAUCAUGGUCAUGGUGGCCAAUAAGAAGAACCCGCAGCAAAUGGCGGAUGAUCUGUCCUUGUUUCUAGGAAAUAAUACCAUCAAGUUCACUGUAUGGUUACAUGGUGUUCUGGAGAAGCUGAGAUCGGUUGCAGUUGAGCCCACAUCUGUCAGUCCACCCGUUGUGCACUCAGAGACGAGCAUCCCAGCAGAAAGCAAAAGGAGGGGGGCGGAGCCUCGCACUCUCGCCGUUUCCAGCUCGCGCUCUGAUAAGGUGGAGGGGCGUGUCUCGAGCUCCGCACACGAGAACCGCACCAGCAGGAGAGGCUCUUCUGAAAGACCCUCCAGACUCACAUCCGCCGUCAAACCGCUGAUGGAGGCAUCGGCUGAAGCUGUGAUUGACAUCAAGCCUGACCUGGACGAUGAUCUCAUUGGCUAUGACCCCCUGGAGCAGAGCUUGACCUCGGGUCACACACAGGCUUUAUACAGCCGAUCGGCAGCAGAGAGGCCUCGGCCAGCGGUGGAUUCUUCCAGACGGACGGCGGACGCUUACAGAUCCACAGACGUCACGAGAGGUCAGGAAAGGUCAGGUUCCAGCCAUGAGCGGGGCUACAGGGGCUCAGCAGAGAGCAGCAGGGAUUUGUACCGGAAACGAAAGGCGCCCAUGGCCAGUUCGGUGGUUCGGGUUCACAGAGGUCAUGACCACCGCGGGCAGGAGGCUGACGAUCUGGAUGAGGAGGAGGAUGAAGAUGAGGAGGACUAUGGUAUGGCCAGCAAAGUGUCUCUGCCAUCGAAACCUGAGCGCAAGCCUUCUCUCCCACCAGCCAAACAAGCCAACAAAAAUCUUAUCCUCAAAGCAAUCUCAGAAGCUCAGCAAUCCAUCAGCAAGACUACUACAUACACAGUUCCCCAGCGGCAGACGGUCCCUGUAGCGCCACGGACACGUUCGGCCACUGACGAGAUGAGUAAUGCUGCAAUCCGAUUGGUCCAGGAGCACCUGCACGCUCUCAUUCCCCAGGAUACGCUGCACAGUACCCAAUCCAGACCUUUAGCAUCUCGCCUGCAGUUGGAGCUUCCAGACGAGGACAGCCGAGAGCAGCUCAGUGAAUACGAGCUGCAGGUCUUAGAGGCGGCGAGAGUCAAGGCCUUGGACUCGCGUUCAUUCAUCAUGAGGAAACCAGAGCUGGAACAGACUCCGCCAGUCAGGAGCAGGCUUACUCCUGUCAAUCAGAAUGAAGACCCGCCCACCACAUCCCGAAUGGUGCAGGCCAGAGAGAAAGCGGAGGUUGCGGGUGGCUCAAGUCCAAAGUUCAUCGUGACAUUGGAUGGAGUUCCCAGUCCGUUAGCCAACCGCACAGAUCAGGAGAUGGAGCCCGAGGACGAGUUCAACACGACCUCUGACCUUCCGGAAAAUAACAGACCCAAACCUGACAUCCACCUCAGACUCGGCACUGACUUUCUAAACGCUGGCGAUGGAGAGAGGGAUGAGGUGGAGGACAUGGACAUAGAGCCGGUUCAAGCUAAACGGCAGAAACUUCCAGAACGCUGCAAGUUCUGGCCUGCGUGCAAGAGCGGAGACGAUUGUUUGUACCAUCACCCCAACACACAGUGCAAACUGUUUCCUAACUGUAAAUUUGCAGACAAGUGUCUGUUUAUUCAUCCGAACUGUAAGUUCGAUGCGAAGUGCUCCAAAGCAGACUGUCCGUUCACACACGUCAGCCGAAGAGUCAACAGCAACCCUCCAAGAGCAGCUUCAGCUCCAGCUCAGGCCAGCAGUGUGUGCCGUUUCUUCCCAGAGUGUAAAAAGCCUGAGUGUCCGUUCUACCACCCUAAACCGUGUAGAUUUGCGGCGCAGUGUAAGCGAGCGGACUGUACUUUCUACCAUCCAGCUGUGGCAGUGCCGCCCAGAAGUGCUCUGAAAUGGACCAAAACACAGAGCAGUUGAGUAACACUCACGACUGAGCUG